AUGUCUGACAGCGAAGCCGUGAUUAAGAGUGCCGACAUGAGCGAGGAGAUGCAGAAGAACGCCAUUGACUGCACGACACAGGCCCUCGAUAAAUACAGCAUUGAGAAGGAUAUUGCCAAAUAUAUUAAGACGGAGUUUGACAAAAAAUAUAGCCCCGAAUGGCAUUGCAUUGUUGGCAGUGAUUUCGGAUCGUAUGUGUCACACGAGCCGCACCAUUUCUUUUAUUUCUAUUUGGGCCAGAUAGCCAUUUUAUUGUUUAAGAGAGGUUAA